CUGGAGCAGAGUGAAGCCAAGUGUGAGGAUGCCCUGAAGACCCAGAAGGCGCUGACUGCAGACCUGGAGAGCAUGCACAGCGAGCUGGAGAACAUGACCCGGAGCAAGAGCCUGGUGGAUGAGCAGCUGUACCGGCUGCAGUUUGAGAGAGCCAACCUCCUAAAGCGCAUUGACGAGGACCAGGAUGACCUGAAUGACCUCAUGCAGAAGCACAAGGACCUCAUUGCUCAGUCUGCUGCUGACAUUGGGCAGAUCCAGGAACUGCAGCUGCAGCUGGAGGAAGCCAAGAAGGAGAAGCACAAGCUGCAGGAACAACUGCAGGCGGCCCAGCUGCGCAUCGAGUACCUGGAGCAGUCCACUGUGGACCGGGCCAUUGUCAGCAGGCAAGAGGCAAUCAUCUGUGACCUGGAGAAUAAGACGGAGUUCCAGAAAGUGCAGAUUAAGAGAUUUGAGGUCCUGGUGAUCCGGCUUCGGGACAGUCUGAUCAAGAUGGGCGAGGAGCUCUCCCAGGCAGCCACGGCGGAGGCCCAGCAGCGGGAGAGCAGCCAGUAUUACCAGCGGCGCCUGGAGGAGCUGAAGGCGGACAUGCAGGAGCUGGUAGAGCGGGAGGCGGAGGCCAGCCGCAGGUGCAUGGAGCUG